CUGCGUCAAAAGUGCUUUUACUUUUUCUAUUACACAAAAAACACUUAUUUUACCAAACACUACCCACUUUUACUUUUCAAAAUCACUUUUUUCUCAAAUACUAUCAACUUUUAUUUAAGGAGUGUUUGCAGUUGCAUUAAAAAAGCGCUUUUCAGCUUUUGACUUUAAAAAAGCUGAAAAGAGUGUUUUCAAAUGACAGCUUCUGCUUAAAUUAAUCACUUAAAAGCUAAAAGCUGGAAGCAGGUGGAAGGGUGCUUUAAACUGCUUUUCACUUUUUCUAUUACACAAGAAGUACUUAUUUUACCAAACACUACCAACUUUUACUUUUUUAGAAUCAUUUUUUUAUCAAACACUACCAACUUUUACUAUUAAGUACUUUAUCCAAAAUCACUUUUUUAAAGUAGAAGCAGUCACAAACACUCCCUUAAUCACUUCUCCCCAUUUCAUUAAAAAAAAGCAUUUUUUUAAAAGCAGAAGCUGUUGCAAAUAGACUCUUACCAAGAUUUAGUGAUCAAUUAUUAAUUAGUAUAAAAUAGAAGAUCGUAUACAAAAAAUUUAUGGAACCCUAUAUGACUCCACUGUGGAAUCAUAUAGCUCAUGUGACCUCAGAUCAACCAUUCAUUUAUAUAGUGUAUUUGUACUCCAUAAUAGAUUACUCCAUUUCAUAAUCGAAUCAUGAAUGGUUGUGAUGAUGCCACAUGUGUUAACUCCUACUUAUUCCCUCCAUAACUUAAAAACCUUCCUACUUCAAAAGUAGGUAGAUUAAGAAUAGUGAAAGAUGAUAUGAAUUAUUGAGAGUAUGAUGGUAAGAUAGUGAAAUAAUUUGAUGGAAUGUAGGAUAAAUCCAAAAACAUUAGGAGCCCGUUUGAUAGCACGAAAAUCGGCUGUUUUGGCUGUUUCUGCUGAAAUUUAUGAAGUUCUGGCUGAAGUGGCUGUUUUGUCUGAUUCUGCUGAUUCUAGAAAAAAAUAUUUUAAAAAUAUAUUUUAUUAAUAAAAUAAAGAAAAAAUUACAUGUAAAAAUAGCUAAAAUGGUCAUCUACAGUAACUUCAGCCAAUACAACCAGAAAAGUAACUUCAACCUUACUUUUUCUGCUUAUUACACAAUUCAGCACGCGAAAGUAAAAAUUACGUGUUUGGUGAAAAAGAUGACUGAUAAGCCUGAUAAGCCGAAAAAAGGGGUCUCCAAACGGGCUCUAGUUGUAAUAGUGUAUUAAUUUCAGAAUUAUUAAAGAUAUGAUGGAAAGAUUUAGAGGUUGAAAGAUUUUUUUGUUACGAAUGAAAAGGAAAGUGGAGAGAUUUUUUUGGAGGAAUGGUUCCAAAUAGGACCAAAAUAAAGCUAUUGUAACUAAAUAGGACUUGGAUCUUUUUUAUACUUAAAUACGACUAAAUUUUUCUCGGCACCCUAAAUUACCCCUGCUGCCAAAGAACGAUUGAUGAGGGAAUCGUCUGCGCAUAGUCCGGUGAUGCACUUCACCGUUUUCCGAAGAUUUGAUUUUCUGAUCCGGCCUUGUUCAUCCUAGCCAGCCAGCUAGGCGGCGGCGACUUGCAGGUGAGUCUGAAUCCCCGUUGCGGAACCAGACAACAACCCGCGCGGCCCUUUUCUUCAAAUUAUUCUCUCAAUUCUCAAAGCAGUUAUGGUUCACUCUGGCUAAUCUGGAUUCAGGGUUUCAGGGUUUGUGGGUGGGCAAAGAGAGUUUCCGUAAAACCAGAGCCUCGAGAACAAAAACACGUAGUAUAAAAUUAUCCAUAUGAGAUAGAAGCUCACCCCAUUGUGGAUUUCUUUGUCAAUGUCAUAUACAAUAAAUAAUAUUAAUGUGAAGACAAAAUUGUAAGUAAUG